AUAACAGCUACCUUCAGCUGUUUGAACUUUGCAAGAAUCAGGAAAGACAAGCAUUGAGAGAUGGAUCAAAGUGAGAUCACUCGUAAGAAAAAAAUACACUAAUCACGUGGGGGAAAGGCGAUAAGAUUCUUCAUCACUAUUAAAUAACAACGCUUGAUUAUGAUCUACGUGCGAAUAAUAUACACUUUCUGGUCUGAUUUGAGGCAUCCGAUUCCCCAGCAAUUUGUAGUCCUUUCAAGUGAGAAGCAGCCAGUUCAUCUCUCUCUCUCUCUCUCUAACGCACGCUCUCUGUAAUCACCGGUUAAAUCUCAUUCCAUAUUCUUCUUUCCUUAGCCAACCAUUGAGAUUCUCCAUCGCUGCUAUUUCAAGCGAUGAAGUGAUUGUGAGUUCCAUCUGGGGCAUACUUGCUGCAAACCGAACCAGGUUAUACUCUGUUCUUCCUUCAUUUUCUCCACAUGCUUGCCCAGGCUUAGACAUUUUUUAGCUCAGUUAUGGAGAUUAUCAACAUAAAAGAAAAUUUGUAGUUUCCUGGCCGCAAAUUAUAACUUGGGGCUAGGUGGAAGUUCUUCCUAAGUUAUACGUACUACAAGACUACAACUCAACUACUUAAAAAUGGAAGCCUAUGAAAGGGAUGCAUUACCAAUAUUAUCAGCUACAGAUUUUAGAGAUGAAGAAAAUGAUGGAAUUCAUUUCCGAAGACUUUCGUACAGGGCAAGGAGAUCACUAUCUAUUCCUGCCAACUCCAGUGAGUCAUAUGGUACUGAAAGUAGUCGCAUUGGAUUUACUGGUCCAAUGAUAAAUGAAAGGCAUACUUCUUACAUACAGAUGAGUGGUCCAUUGUAUGUUGGGCACCCACCAAAGAGCAGCCUCAGGCCAUGUCAAGUAGCAUUAGGACUCAACUCAAUCGGGACAGUUGAAACAUAUCCAUCCUUUGCUAGAAGGGAACCAAAUGGUCGCGAAGACUAUGACUAUGAACUGAAAAAUGAACAUCUUCUUAAAUCGGGGCCACUGGGAGUAUGCAAUGACCAAUACUGCACUACAUGCCCAACUGUUGACAUUUCUAAGGUGCAAGGGGGAAAGUCAAAAUCAUCACAGAUAUUUGAUCACAGGUUCCAUAAUAUGAUCUCUGAAGAUGCAAAAGGUUGGGCAAAGAGAAGUUUUUCUUUCUUUUGGUCGUUUUUUCCUGGUGUCAUAAACCCUCAUGCUAAGGUGGUACAACGGUGGAACAAGUUCUUUGUGGUCUCUUGUUUACUUGCAGUUUCCAUAGAUCCACUGUUCUUCUUUUUGCUGACUGUCAAUCAGGAUGACAAAUGCAUAGUACUUAACUGGGCACUGACAACUACAGUUGUGAUUUGGAGGAGCUUGACUGAUUUCAUAUACCUAAUACACAUGCUUCUUCAGUUCCGGCUGGCUUAUAUUGCACCAGAAUCCAGGGUUGUGGGAUCGGGUGAUUUAGUUGAUCAUCCCAAAAAGAUCGCUGUCAAUUAUCUUAAAGGAUAUUUUUUGAUUGAUUUCCUUGUUGUCUUGCCAUUGCCACAGGUCAUAAUACUGCUGAUUUUACCUGGCUCAAUGGGAUCAUCUGGUGCAAAUAAUGCAAAAAACCUUUUACGUGCAGCGGUUCUGGUGCAGUAUGUACCUAGACUGUGGCGGUUUCUUCCUGUUUUAAGAGGCCAGUCUCCAAGUGGCUUCAUAUUCGAGUCAGCAUGGGCUAAUUUCGUGUUAAAUUUUCUAACAUUUAUGUUGUCAAGCCAUGUGGUGGGAUCAUGUUGGUAUCUUUUGGGCUUACAGAGAGUGAAUCAAUGUCUUCGUGAAGCCUGUCAUAACUCUCAAAUUGUAAGGUGCAAGGAAUUCAUUGACUGUGGGCAUGGUAGUGAUUACAGUGAUUUCUCAUCAGAUUCAUUGUGGAAUCAAUGGAAGAAUGAUGGGAAUGCAAGUGCUUGUUUUCGUACUGAUGGUUUUGACUAUGGAAUAUAUGCCCAAGUCGUCCAUCUCGCAACAAAGCAUAGCUUAGUUAAGAGAUAUAUGUACUCACUGUUCUGGGGCUUUCAGCAAAUAAGCACACUUGCUGGGAAUCUAGUUCCGAGUUAUUUUGAGUGGGAAGUUCUUUUCACUAUGGCCAUUAUUGGACUGGGUCUCCUACUAUUUGCUCUGCUCAUUGGAAAUAUGCAAAACUUUUUACAGUCUCUUGGAAGCAGGCAGUUGGAAAUGUCACUGAGGCGCCGUGAUGUUGAGAAGUGGAUGAGCCAUCGUCGCCUGCCGGAAGAUUUAAGAAGAGAGCAGAGGGGGCUGUGCGGAAGAAGAGGGUCCGAGACCCAGGCCUCUGUUGGGCUACUGCAGGCAGGGACAGGUUUGAGCUCACCUUCGUGGGCUGGCUGCGGGCCAUUUAAUUAAUUUUAUUCUUUUAUAAUUUUCG